AUGGUUGUUGUUGUUCUAUUGGAUCAGUUAUCUGGUGCUUUCCUUUUUCAACAUUUCAGGCCAGGUAUCUUCAAGAUGCUCGUCUUGCUAUUUCUGAGGUCUCGUCUGCUCAUCUUAUUGUUUUCUAGGUCUCAUCAACAUCUUCUAGACUCCAGAAGUCUCUAUAGCUCUCUUGUACGUUCUGAAUCAGCCAUGACUUUUCGUGCACUAGACGAGAUUGAUACGACAUGUGUUGGUGGUUUGGUAAAUUAUGGGAUCACUACAUUGAAGGCACUAAGAGAAAAUGUGUCAUUUGGGAAGAGAAACAAUCUCAAGGUUGAGCUAGAUUCCUUAAGUGGGCAAGCUACAAUUUUGGCUGCACUUGCAUCUGUCUCCCCAAAGCUGCCUCUUGGUUAUCCAGCCAGAUUUCCCAGAACAAUGUUUGAUGUAGCUAGAAAAAUUCUAACUGAAUCUAGCCAAAACACUGUGUUUGCUACAGUUGAAAAACAAGUUGGAUGGUUACUUCUCUUAUCUUUGCGAGCUGCCCUUGAGGCCACCAAAAGUACUUUGAUUCAAGAUAGUAUAAAACUCUUAUUGGAUUUUCGUGUUGGUUUUGAUCAAGAGUUGGGAUUGAUAUUGAAGCUAAGAUACAUGAUGAUUGGUUGGAUACAUGAAGGGUUUCAGAGCUUCUUUAGACAGCUUAAUGAUAAGUUACUAAAACACGAAGGUGCCCCUUUAUAG